UACAGUACAAUAUCUAUGGAUCACUGGAAGGUUGACAAUAUUACGCCGGCUUACAGAUGCGGUGAAGCCAAACAUACCUGAAAAUCCAGGCUGUGUGUGGCAUCAAUAGUUAAAAAUAGCUAAAAUGAAAAUUAUUCCUACCCAACUGUUAUGAAUAAAAGUCUCAUUUUCUUACCAUACAGAAUUUAUCUCCAACAUGACAGAUCAAGUGACAUGUUGACAUGUGUUUUAUUUGGAGGUAGCUUUAAGAAAUGGGUGCGGGUGAGUGGGACAAAAUGCUACCAGAACCAGAACUUCUUGGGAGAUACUUCCACGAACAGUUCAAAGUUUUACCUGAUCACCAAAGGAGAAAAGCGGAAUGGAAGAAAGGGAAAACUGCAAAACUGUCGAAAGGAAAAGAAAAAAGGAAAGUCAAAGUAGAACCUUGUGGAGAAAUUACAAAUCUGUCAAAUCCGCCAGACGUUGAAUUACCAACCAAUGCAUCAAGUUUCGCCGUUUUCGCCAAUGUUCGGCAAGCGGUGCUGGAGCGAUGGGUCAAACAAGCCUGUCAGAUUUACUUAUCCUCUUCGUCCAGUGUUCCAGCAACAGAUGGGAACAAUGAUGUUGAAAGUGACAGCGAAGAUAACACGGACAAAAUCAGGGAUAACAUCUUGAAAGUUCCAAAGAUAGUUGGUGUUGGCCUAAGAAGUGUGUUUGAAUUAAUUCGAGAGAGUCGGUCGUCACAUCCUGUGCUGUGCACCAAAGCACUUGGUGCUCUACUAGAUGUCGUUCAGGGCCAGCAACCUGAGGGUCUAAAGAAUGAGCCAGCUGAAGUGAUUGAACCACUGUUUGAUCUGUUACUGGAUCUGGCUACUUCGCAUGGGCCAGAAACAGCAGCUGUUGAUGAUGGGAGUCACUUGACAGCAGUGGCCUGUUCAUGCCUUCUAGCCCUUGUUGUUGUUCGUGGUGACACAGGACGUCUUCUCAAUGCAACUGCUGCUCUUCUAAUGUCACCACGUGCAUUAGCACUGCAGAAUAUACAUAUGCCAGCAGUGUUAACAGCACUUCAGAGGAGUGUCCAUGGGGUUUUGCUUGGUAAACUUGUUAGACCAGAUUGGAUUUCACACGGUGUUCCUAAAACAUCAAGAAUUGAUUCAUUUCAUGUCAAGAUUGGCACAGAUAUUCACAGCAGCCAGACCACAAAAUCACUGGCAAGUGAUGGACAAUAUUUGUACUUAUAUACGUCAAAAGGCCUUUUCAAGAUAGGCUCUGGUUACGGUGGAACUGUAAAGGCUAACAUAUACAUCCACAAAUCAGAUUUCUUUAUUGAUGAAAAAGGAUGGCUAGGAUUUGCUUAUGGAAUGCUGUACUUCAAAUUUGUUGGGAAAAAAGGCUGUGAGUUACUGCUUAUGGACAGAGAAUCGUUGAAAGUCAUGGAUAUUGUUUCCCUGGAAGGGAAAGAUUGUGGUUCUUGCGUAAUGUUUUCUGAUGGAGAAAAUCUUGGAAUGAUUACAGCAGCGAAAGAUGAUGGUUUUGUUGUUCGUACAAUAAAUCCUACCAGUUCACCCGUUGUGUCAGUCAAUGAACUUCCCCUUAAGUUAGCAAGAAAAUGUGUAGAUGUUUUUGGGUAUGCUACAUUUGAUGAAGAAACCAUGAUACACACUGUACAGAUUGGCUAUGAUGAAGAAAUAGCUGUGAUUGCCGCAGGGAAGGAUUUUGGUUUAAUAAGAACUAACUCAGGAAAGGUCUUCUAUUGUGGCAAAUCGGCAAGUCUUGGAAUCAAACAAGGAGGUCUCAGAAAUGGCAAAUGGGCUGAACUACCAAUCACUAAGUCUCCUAAAAUAACUCACUUUGCUGUUGGUCAUGAAGGUCUUCAUGCAGUGCUGAUCUCUGAAGAUGGAUCUGUGUUUUUUGUCGGGACAGCAAGAAGAGGAGAAGAUGGCGAUCAGAGUAAAGCGCGUAGGCAGCCAAAACCAGUAAAGCCAAAGAAAAUGGUUAAAGUAGAGGGCCAAGUUAUUGUACAUGCUGCAUGUAACAAUGGAACCACAGCUCUUGUUACAAGGGAAGGGGAACUGCUUAUGUUCGGCAAAGAUACAGCCCACUGUGAUCCUACUACAGGACUUGUUACAGAACUGAAGGAUGUGCAUGUAACUCAAGUGGCCUUAGGUAAAGCACAUGCUGUUGUAUUAACAAACAAAGGCCACAUUUACACAUUUGGAAUAAAUAACAAAGGCCAGUGUGGUCGUGAUUUUGCUGCCCAAGUUAAGGAAGUUCCAAUGGUGACAGCUAUGGAGACAGCAGCAGAAGAGGAAGUGGAUGAAGAUGACCUGGAUUGGGAAGAUGCACAAGAGCUUAUGUGCCCUCCAGGUACACACAAAUGGAAACAUGAUCAGUGCAUGGUAUGCACAGUGUGCCGUGAAUGUACUGGGUACAGCAUCAGCUGUUUGAGCAGCAUACGGCCUGACCGUAAUCCUGGACAAGAAUGUGGUUGUGGUGAGGGAGACUCUGGUUGUGCUGAAUGUGGCUGUUGCCGCAUAUGUGCGCGAGAGAAUGUGGACAAUUCAGAACUAGCCAUCCUAGGUCCAAGUGGAGCAGGUGAUCUAGCUGCAGGUCGACAAGGAGUGCAACUGCAGCAGCGUUUAGAAGAACGUCGUCGACGGCAAAGGAGUAAACAAUCUGGUAAACAGCAUGGAUUGGUCUCUAGUUCAGCAAGCAGUUCUCGCACGAAAGGCUUAGGCUCAAGAGUAUCCCCUGGCCCAUCUGUCUCUGUUUCUCCAGCUGGGCUUAGAACUACCCAUGCAUCAAUCGCAGGUGAAGAACAAGCUGGAGGAAGUGAUGCAGAACGAGAAGCAACUCGCACAGCGCAACUGUUUCCAGCUCGUGUUGUUCUACCUUCCAGUCAUGGAACAUCAACUGUUUCACAGGUCAGCUGUGGUCUUCACCACACAGUAUUGCUGCUCUCAGGAGGUGAGGUACUGACAUUUGGCAGCAAUACCAGUGGUCAACUGGGCCUAGCAGACUUGACUCCACGAGGGGUGCCAACAAGAGUGAAGCUUCCUCACACCGCAGUCCAGGUUGCGGCAGGCAGCAGCCAUACUGUCAUUCUCUCUUCAAGAGGAGAGGUCUAUACAUUUGGUAGUUUCCAGAAAGGCCAACUGGGUCGUCCCGCUCCGCCACCAGGCCACGAAGCAGCCGGUAACAGUAGCCGAAAAGAUGGUCGUCCACCAAGAGAUGGUCCCUGGUAUUCGAUUCCAGGCCUUGUGCCAAACAUCGGGCCCCGACAUGGUCGAAGGGCAACAUGGGUUGCUGCUUCUGGGGACCAGACAUAUCUCAAAAUUGAUGAGAGCCUCAUUAAUUCCUUGAGCCUGACACGCUCUACGGUCAUGGCCAACAAGCAGAGUAUAAUUUUGCUCCCGACACAGAGUGAUCACAUAAGUUCCUUUAAGUGUUUAGUGAUCAACAAACGUGAUGGAAACUGUAGCAGUUUCAGUGGACCAGAUCAGGUGGACUUCUCCCAUACUGCAACUUGUCUUGAUCCACUGUACAAUGUGCUUUGGAGUUACCACCCAGGCAACCAAGAGCUCGCAUGUUACAACGUUGUAGCAAGUGAGGUACCACCUAUAGAGCACUCUGUACAGCCAAAUCUUUCUAUUUUGAGUCCCGAGCUGGCACUUCCUGUCAUUCCUCACUGCCAUGUGACACGCUCUCAGGCUGCCUUGCAUCUGCUCGGUUGCCUCGACACACUCACGUGCCGUGCCCGUGAUCGUCAAACAGCAACAUUGUGUGAUGAGGCACAUGAAGGUCGCCAGGCAGGGAAAGUGUAUAGCCGUGAGGACUUCUCAGCUGUGACACGCUUUGAAAGCCAUGGUGGUGGAUGGGGCUACUCCGGGCAUUCGAUUGAAGCUAUUCGGUUCAUGGCAGACACAGACAUCCUUCUUGGUGGCUAUGGACUUUUUGGUGGUCGAGGAGAGUAUACAGGAAAGAUUAAGUUAUUUGACAUUGGUGUCGAUGGAGGUGAGCAGGAAAUUGAUGGAGAGAUGUUAGCUGAGACAGAGGAAGUUCCUUAUGAAUGUGGUCCACGUCAGAAGUAUCCCAUGCUCUUUGAAGAACCCGUUCCCUUGCAGGCUAAUAGGUGGUAUGUAGCUUGGGCACGAGUGAGUGGACCAUCAAGUGACUGUGGUUCAAGCGGACAAGGGAUGGUAACAACAGAAGACCAGGUAGUUUUUUACUUUAAAUCAUCAAAAAAAUCAAACAAUGGAACAGAUGUUAAUGCAGGGCAGAUUCCACAGCUCCUGUACCGUAUUGUUACACCUGAAAAUCAAGCACCAAACCGCCAGCUGGACCAGUCAGAACCUGUAUAUAUACUGAGUAGAGAAUUCUCUCAUUCCGUGUCAAGGGAAUGUUUCCAGUCACUCCUGGCUCUUCUACAGUGGAGCUGGAAUACUUUCAAAGCUGCUGUCAUGGACAUUACACAUUUGAAUGGCACAACAUCAGGACACCUAGCAGCGAUGCUAGAUUUAGAAAAGCUCAUGUAUAUAAGCAGGGCAACACUUAGACUUCUGCGUACAUAUACAAAUGAGAUAUACCCAAAUCAAGUUGGUUCAAAGAAACUUCAAACUGAAUCAGUUCGUUUGGCAGAAUGUAUUGGAGAUGUGAGAGCACUGUUGAGGCAGAUUCUAUCAGAUCACUUGCCUAGUUUUCACAUUCCACGAAAAAGUGGGAAAGUACGGAAUCAGAAAGGCUCAACUCCCUACAUGAAAAUGACAACGAGUAUAUUACAAGAGUGCCAUCAAACAUUUGUCUCUUGUUUUCAUGCAUUUUAUCCCACAGCUUAUUUGAAGUGGACUUCUCUGUGUGAUCUGUUAGCAAGUAUGGAUAAGGCUCCUGGAGAAAUUACAGCCAAUUUGGAUCAGUUGUUAAGUGCGGUAUUAGCUGCACUGUGUAGUCCAACUGUUCGACUGCGUUCAACAUUUCCUAUAUUAUGUGGCACCCUGGAUGCAUCUGAUGUGUCUCUCAGACGACAGCUUAGUCCCUCUGACAAUACAGGUUUACCAAUGGUUCCCAGUAUUGAUGGACACCAUUAUCCUAUACUUGUAGAACAAAUGAGCUACAGGAGUCAGCUGGAAGGUAGUUGCAUAGUAAAUAACUGGGUCUUCAGAGAUGUUCUUGACAGGUUACUGGAUUUAGUCACUAUUCCCGUAAAGCAAGCACUGUGCCAGGAGAGAGUGACUCGCUCCCAAGAACUAAUAAAGAAUUGCUGUCACCUUCUGGCACGUAUAAUUGCAGAGUUGGCAUCUCAGUCAAGUGGAACAGAUGAGGACAUACAGGGGGCAUGUGGAAGAGUUCUUCACACAUUGCCAUCUCGGUUCACCCGCACCAAUCAAAGUCGUACAUGGAACACAGGAAAUGGGUCUCCUGACGCCAUUUGCUUUUCUGUUGACAGACCUGGUAUAGUCAUUGCCGGUGUCUGUGUUUAUGGAGGUGCUGGCACUUAUGAAUAUGAACUGGAACUUUUAGAUGAUCAAAAUAGUGUUGGCAAUGAUCCAUCACAUACACAACGAUGGAACAGUCUGGAAAUGGCACGUGGAACAUUUGGUCCAGAUGAUUGUGUAGCUGAUGUAGCAGAAAUUAAGUUUGACAAACCAGUGCCCAUAAAGGAGAAUGUAAAGUAUGCAAUUCGACUGAGAAAUCAUGGAGGACGUACAAGCAAUGGUGAUGGUGGCCUAAGUUCUGUAAAAGGGCCAGAUGGGACUAUAUUCAUGUUCUCUACUUGUUCCCUCAGUUUCAAUGGAACAACACAAUCAAGAGGUCAGAUCCCUCAAAUAUUAUAUUACAGUAAUCCAUUGGACAGGGAGAGUCAACAGACCAGCAAAGCUUGGGCAGAACUUCAAGCUUGCAAAUGCACACUGUCAAUGUCAGCAGCCAUAGUUCAGCGCUGUAAUGACUUGAUGGCUCUUGGCAGAGAGAGAGCUGAAGAUGUGCUUGCUACUGAAGUUCUUGGUAACGCGUGCAUUGUCACUACACUUCUGCCACUUAUGCUGGCACAUAUCAGCCCUUUAGCUACUCUUGAUCCAAGGAGUGCUGUUCAGGUGUUGAGUCUUAUCCAAGAACUGUUGCCUCAUGUCUCAGCACUUAAUCUAAUGAGUUCUGGUAUGCACCAUUCAACUGGUUCUAUAGAAAGCACAGGCCCUGAUUCACAAGGUUAUUGUCCUUCUUCAUCUAUUAAUACAACGUCACACCAUUACGCUUGGGUUGAAAGUGAGCAUCCCUACAAACCAGCUACUGUAUCCAAUUACAGAGUGUCAUUUCCAGAAUGCGUGAAGUGGCUCUGCAUUGAAUUUGACCCACAGUGUGGUACAGCACAAGUGGAGGAUUCGCUACAGUUGUUCAUUCCUAGCAUUGGCGGUGGUAGUGGUAGUGGUGGAGCUCACUUACCUGGCAGGGGCUGUAUAACUUCACCUCUCUCCCCUUCCGGAGAUGAACCUGACAAUGAUACAACGCCAGUUCCAUACUGGCCAAUUCUCCACAGAUUCAGCAGAGGCAGUGCAAAUUGGCCACAGACAGCUAUUGUGCUUCCAGGAAAUGAAGUUAUAUUUUCUUUGGAAACAGCAUCUGAUUAUGUCAAAGAUGAAAAAGCCUGUUACUAUGGGUUUCGUUGUCUAGUAAUUGGUUAUGAGUGGCAUGUUAUCCCAGGAGAUGGCCUGAAGCACCUUGAAACAGAACUUGCAUUUCUAGGUGGGAUGUGUGCAGCUUCACUUAUGAAAAAAGAUUUGCUUCUGCCUCCUACUUCUGUUGAAGAAAUGAAUGAAGAUUUGGAGUCAGUGGAAGAAUUUGCUCAGCAAGUCUACAACAGCAAUUCUGCUCUACUUGGCAAAGGCUUUGCCCUUGCUAGCCCACCUACAAUUGCCCAAGCACUUGAAGGAAUUCUUCCAUUCAGUUGCCACUCCAAUGAACGACUCUUUCUGAAGGACUUAGUACAGUGCACCCCUGGUUCAAGUGGUGGUCGCCUGUCACGUUGGCUGCAGCCGGAAUCAUAUGUAGAUCCAGCACGAUGUGAGGUUCUAUAUAGUCGGGAUGAUAUGCGUUGUGGCUGGCCAGCAAUUGUUACUGUACUGACCCGUGACCAAUACGGGGAUUUAGUACAUGUUCCAAAUCUUAGGGUUGAGGUGAAAGCAGUUCCUAUUGACAAAAAAGAACUAGGAAGCAGUGACCAGGGACGCAAAAUGCGUCGAAUAAGUCAACCUGAUGCACUAACGUUUGGUGGUCAUGCACAUCCAACCCUUGAUGUACCCUAUGAGGUGACAGUGAAAGAUAAGAUGUGCUACUAUGCAAUCAGCCUGAUGAAGGCAUAUGAAAAUUACUCAUUUGAAGAACUGCGGUACACAUCACCUGCAGUAAAACGUUCAAGUGAGAAUAUGCUGGUACGGCCAAAUGGUGAUGGUACUUAUAGUGCUACAUGGACUCCAGGAAGUGUUGGUUGGUACUCAGUCCUUGUAACCAUUGAUGGUUAUGAUAUGGAGGAGGCAUAUAAAGUUGAAGUCAAGGAACCACCUCAAGGCAUGACACCACCAACACAGAGUGUCGUGAAAAAGGCACCACAUCAGCCCAGCCGACUCAGGAAAUUUGUUGCUAAAAAUAGUGCUGGGCUACGAAUCCGUGCUCAUCCUUCUCUACAGAGUGAGCAAAUUGGUGUGGUACACGUAAAUGGAACAAUUGCUUUUGUGGAUGAGAUCCAUAAUGAUGAUGGUGUAUGGCUUCGGCUAAGUCAAGAUACAGUCCAGCAGUACUGUAGCCAUGGGCAUGGUGAGGCAUGGUGCCUUCAGUACAACCAGCACCUAGGGAAGACAUUACUUCUCCCUGUUGAGGAGCCUAAAUCCAUUCUUGACCAAGUUUUUAAAGAAACAAUAAUGAGGAAGUUGCCAGAUGCUGCACCAAAGGAAAUAGCUGUCAAGUCAUCAUCUUGUGGCCCAGGAGAAUACCAAGUGGUAAAAUGUGGAGCAUCAGGUCAUAAUGUUCGAGCACGACCAAGCUUGAAAGCACCUCCAGUAGGCAUGCUUGUUCUUGGGAACCAAGUCACCGUUAUUAAUCAUGUUGUAAAUGCUGAGGGGACGUGGGUACAGUUGGACAAGGAAACUAUGAGGAAAUUCUGUUUCAAUACAGAUGGCGAGGCUUGGUCUCUGGCACUCAGCAGAACUGACGUAAUUUAUCUGAAAAAGGAAGGUCAAGUGGAAAGUGAACAAAUGGAAAUGCAGUCACAUACCACAGAAAAUAUAUUUUCUUCUCCGAAGCGAGGAUUUGAUUUUUCACAAAACACUAGUUCUUCACUCUUUAGUAGCUCAGAGGGAGCAGGAUUCAACUUUGCCUCACCAUUACCAUCAAGCAAGGAUUCAUCUGCUCCUGGAUCAUCAGCAAGCAGCACAAAUCCAUUUGUCUUUGGCUCUACAUCUUAUUUAGAUACCAAAGUGAUGACUGUGGUCCAGCCAGUGAAACCUGCAGUGGUAGAAGGACAACCGGUAGUGCAAGACAGACUCGAAGCAAAGGCUACUAGUUCAGUCACAGCACUACAAUCUUCAAAUGACCUCUCUAGGGAGCAUGAGAAAGAAAAGGAGAAGGACAAAGAGAGUAGUAAGUUUGCUGCUUUGCAGAAGUGGCUGAAGGGUGAGGAGGGUCGUCAUACAUCAGAGAAACGAGGCUCACCAGGAAGGGACUUGCCACCUGAAUUAGCUGGGGUAUCAGUGAAAGACCUAGUGAAGGCAAUUGGUGAGAGUCGUGCUAAUGGAAAUGGUGUUACACCCCCUGGCACUCCACGCAGAACCUCACGCAGUUCAAGUCCGAAGGCCAGUGCACCAGGAACUGUGUCCCCACGCCUAAGCCGCAGCUCGAGCCCCGUUCCAAUUCCAGCGUUGCUGAGCAGACAAUCUUGCGUCGGCACUCGCUCUGUUACCGUGCCAUCUGGCAGUGGUACAGUCUUAGCAGGUGGAAGACUGUUACCACACGAAAGUUCAAGCAGCAGUCCCCAGCCAUGUGGCUCUCCUCGUAGCAUGGGCAUCUCUUCACUGGCAUCAGGGAUCACAGCAGAGUCCCAAUCGCAUCGUCGAGGCUCGACGCAGAGUGACACAAGUGCUCUGGUUAGCAGUCUCACAAGAGACCUGUCACAAUCACCAAGUGGAGCUACAACAACUGCAGGCACAGGGACAGGCACAGGAACACGUGAUCUCUCACCGAGUCCAUCAGGCAGCUCCUUACACACACGCUCUGAAGGCAGCCCAAACAGCACACCUGGUACACCAAGAAGAAAUGAGCAGGAUUCUCUGUGUUCCACACCAAACCCUAGGGCAAUGACCCAGACAGGCACUCAAACAAGUCCAGAUAGUGGCAGUGGAAGUGGCAGUGCACCUAGUAGCAUCAAAAGCCACUUUACCAUUGGUGCCAGUGGUCGUUCUUCAAAGGAGGAACGCCUUUCACCUAAACUUUCACGCAAAGAUCGCAAUUCUGUUAGCAGCAAGAGCCGGAGUAGUAAACGUGCAAUGUCACCCGCUCCAUCACAGGUUCCUCUGGGUGCUGUUAAUCGUGAUCAUCAUCGACCAAGCUUGACACUGACCAGCAAAGAGCCAGUGAAAGAAGCUGUGAGCCCAUCAGUAGCUGAGGCAAUGCGUGCAAUUUUUGCAGCUUUCCUGUGGCAUGAAGGCAUUGUACAUGAUGCUAUGGCUUGCGCUUCUUUCCUGAAAUUUCAUCCAAGUCUGCCUAAGCAAGGUGCCUUAGUAGUAACACGGCAGCCUGUUGGAAGUGGUGGAGGAGGAGGUGCUGGAGGGCCAGGAUCAGAUGGCAGACCUAAGUCAGAGCUCACAAAAGAGCAACGAGCACGCCAAAGGCACUCUGUUGAAGUUAGCACAGCAGGGACAUAUUUACAAAUACAACCAUCCACUCUUGAAACUCUAACACGUUCUGCUGCCAAUGCUAAUGCAAAUAGGAACAGAGCCAAAAAGCAACUUCAGCUGCAACAGCAGCAGCAACAACAACAACAACAACAACAACAACAGACGUCAGAACCACUGCUACAAGGAGAAAACGCUAUAAAGGAGGAGACAAGUACUGUACCACCCUCGGCUACUGGAGGUGAAGGUUCAAAACUUGCAGCUCUGCCAGAAACCACAUUUCACACAGUUGCUGUCUUACCUCCAGCUCUUAAAUCACUUGUAUUUCUGUGGGAAGAAUUGAGUGCCAGUUGCCUGCCUGCAUUCCAACAGCAGCUUAUGCUCCCUAGUCCAUCAGUUCCUAUACGACCAGUGAAACGACAGAUCUGCACAUCAGGUUCUGCACUGUCAAACAGGCCUACUCAUAGCGGUAGGGAAGGUCGAUCUGAUACUGAAAGGAAAGCAGGACGCAAGAAGAAUGCUUUAUCUUCAAGACUGAAUAUUCUUGGGGAUGCUGCAGUUGGUGCUGGGCCAUCAGUGGAACGUGAAACUGUUUGUGAGUUGUGUGGAAACACAUUCCCACACCCAGUCACAUACCAUAUGCGCCAGGCUCACCCAGGCUGUGGUGGUCCUGCUGGAGGAAUGGGCUACAACAGUGGUGGCAACUUCUGCAUGGGAUGGGCUGGUAACUGUGGUGAUGGUGGAGUUGGUGGUAGCUCUUGGUAUCUCGUGUGUGAUACUUGUCGUGACAAAUAUCUUCGGUCUAGAAAACAAAGUAAAGAUAGAUCAAGCAGCAAGAAGGGCUGUUUGGGCCGAAGGAAGCCUGUACCAUCAACAUCAGCUCCCUCAAGACUGACAUCUCCUGCAGGCAGUAGUGGUGGUUCAAUGCAGGAGACCCAUGUUAUAAUGAAAAAUAAUGCAAUGUUUCUGCUGGAGCUAGCCAGUGCAGGAGGUACAGGCCUGCAGCAGCGUCGACCAUCAAUUGUGGGUGCAGGAAUGCCCUCAGUUGCUGAGAACUACAGUCCUCCUGAGUCAUCAGGGCCCUUUCCUCCAGCGGGGCCAUUCCAGUGUUUACAGGCUCUGGGCAUUCACCCAUCUCAUCAGCCACAAGAUGACACACCUGUGUCUUUUCUUGAAGAAUCUCUUAGAAGACAAAAUGGGGCAGUGACGGGUUUUAAUGGUGGCACAAAUGGCUUUCUUUCUGGGAGGCCUGUUUCAGAAGGUCCUCUUAGUGAUAAUGAGAGUGAAAGUAGCAGAAAUCGAACAUUCCAUCGCUCUAUAUCUAUGGGUACAAAUGGAGCACCGUGGAGCAGACGAGAAGGAGAUGGUCGCAUAAUUAUGAUGCGGAAACGUAACAACAGUAGUGGUGAAAUGAUUAGUGAUGGUGGUUCCUCAUUAUUAUGUUAUCCCUCGGCAGCACUACAAAAGUUAGUUCCUAGUUUAGAUCAGUCAGCAAUUGUGUCACUGACCAAAACAGAACAAGCAAAAGGUAGCCUUGAUCUUCUGAACCGUCCAAUCAUGAUGUUCCUGUUUCAGCAGCAUAAUCUCGAUUAUAUGCAGCUUGCAAUGAGGCAAGCUUUACGUAAAGCUACUUGCAGAGUCUAUGCAAUGCAGGCACUCAACUGGUUACUACGCACUGUAACUCAACCCACAAGUUUGCAUGAUCUGCUCUGGUGGUUUGUAGCAGCCCUGACACCAGUUCCAACAGACAUGGAGAUUGAUAUGGAGGAUGAGGCCAUUCGUCUUGAUAAGAGAGAUGAAACGGACCUUCGGGGAGUGUGCGAGCAUCCUUUGAGUGACAUCAGCAUUGCAGGUGAAGCUGUCCAUCCUUUGCCAUCUACUUUUCAUACACUUCUGCAAACAAUCGCAGAUCUCAUGCUGCUGUUGCCGAUGGGUUCAGCAUUACAACAGAUGGCUGUGCGAUGCUGGGGACUGCGCUUUACUCCAGCAGACCACGUGUUUUUGCACAGGAGCCAUGUGUUCAGCAAUAUCAGCAAAAUUCUUUCCCGUUCGGAAGAAGAACAAGAUGAACUGAGUAUGAGCAUGCAUGAGAGUCACCAGUCAACAUAUUCACAGAUUACAAGCUGUGUUGAAACAUUGAAGGACUUGACUCCUAAUAUAGAAAUCAAAGCAUCAAGUCGACAAGCAAUGGUUGGAAGCUUGACAGAUAGUUCAACUGAAACAUUUUGGGAAUCGGGUGAUGAAGACAGGAACAAAACAAAGACUAUAACAAUUAUCUGUGCACAGCAUACAUAUCCCAGAAUGAUAUAUAUUCACAUAGAUAACUGCCGUGAUUUAGCUAAUAAAGUGUCAUGCGUCACAUUCCAGUCAGGACCUAAUAUGGAUGAACUUUAUAAAUUACGCCAAGUGGAAGUUGAAAAUCGUUCAACAGGAUGGGUUAGUUGUCCUGUACUUGACGGUUGCCACUCAGUAAUAAGGCUUGAAAUGAAAGGGCCUGAUAAUUCAUUAAGACUAAGGCAAAUAAGAGUCUUAGGUGAGGUGGAUGGAGAGUCUCUCAAAAUUAGUCGACAACAUAGUGCCUCAACAAUCCAGCAAAGAAAUUGUGAAGCUGAGACCUUACGAGUAUUUAGAUUAAUUACAUCUCAGGUGUUUGGAAAACUCAUACUAGGUGAAGAAGUUGCAGUGAGAAAGGAGGGCGAGGAAAACAAUGAUCUAAAGGAACAUAUGGUUGGAAUACUAUUUAGUCGCAGUAAACUGACUCAUCUGCAGAGACAGGUAUGCGUGCAUAUAGUUCAAGCUAUUCGUAAAGAAGCAGUGCGAGUUCGUGAAGACUGGGAGACACUACUUUGCUCAGGCCAGCAGCAGCAUGCAAGUUCUGGAACAACUGGAGCAGCAGCUGCAAUGACAACAUCAACAACAGCAGCAGCAACAACAACAACAACAGUGACAAGUGCCGGUACUUCCAGUAAUGCCAGUAAAGAAGGUGCAAGUAUCAACACAGAGGGAAGCACAAAACCAGCUGCUGAUACCUACUGUUUUGAAAUGUUGUCAAUGGUACUGGCUCUGAGUGGUAGCAGUGUUGGCCGCAGCUACCUGGCACAUCAGUACGGUCUUCUAAGAGACUUAUUGAGUCUGCUUCAUACAGGUUCUGCACGUGUUCAGCGCCAAGUCACUUCACUACUGAGGCGUAUGCUACCUGAAGUGUCGCCAGAUGUGUUGGGCAACAUCAUGGGAGUAAGGAAGCUGCCUCCAGCUGACUUCAGUAUUGUUUCUGUUGCAAGCAAAAGUCCUGGAGACAAUGAACCACCAUUUGACAUUCACAGGAUUGGUAUACUGGAUGUGUUCCUGAGUUGUAUAGCAAAAGCACUGACUGUUCAAGUUAAGGUAAAAGGAAAAGAUUCUCUUGGAGGAAAAGGUUUGACUACUGUAACACUUGCAACAUCAAUACAUCCCCGAGACUUUGUUGGUGAUCGCUGGUGGCUGAGAGGUUGUAUUUCGAGAAAACUGGCUGAAGUCAUCAUUCAACUAAUGAAGGACAUGGCUGCUGGCAAGUUGUCAGAAGCGUGGGCUGAUGUGACAAAAGGUGCAGUGGCAGAGAAUAUUCUGAAUUUGACAAAGCUGGACGAGAAUCAGCGUGGCCCAACUGAAUGCCUACAUACUCCUACACUGUGGUUGGCGCUUGCUUCUUUGUGUGUGCUUGAUAGUGAUCAUGUUGAACGCCUUUCAUCUGGACAAUGGAGUGGUACAGCUGAUGGGCAGCCUCCACCACCAAGGCCUACAUGCAGCAAUCAUGAUGAUGGGGAAACUGGGGCAAUAAUACAGUGCAACGUUUGUGGAAAUCUGUGUGCUGAUUGUGAUCGAUUCCUGCAUUUGCAUCGACGUACUCGUAUGCACCAGAGACAGGUAUGCAAGGAAGAAGAAGAAGCAAUAAAGGUGGACCUACAUGAAGGAUGUGGACGCACUAAACUGUUCUGGGUUAUGGCACUGGCUGACUCCUGCACACUAAAGGCUAUGGUAGAAUUCCGUGAAGGAACACGUACGAAGCCAGCAGGUGUAACAUCUGGUGUAUGUCGUUUCUGUGGGGCUACUGGAAGUUCAGGCCUACUAGCAAUUGGAAAUAUCUGUGCAGAUCAAGAUUGCCAGGAACAUGCCAGGAAUGCUUGCAACAAGAUACAUCCCUGUGGUCAUAUGUGUGGUGGCAUUAAAGGAGAAACUAAAUGCCUUCCAUGCCUGCAUGGUUGUUCAUCUGAUCCCACACUGAAGCAAGAUGCUGAUGACAUGUGUAUGAUAUGCUUUACAGAAGCCCUUUCUUGUGCUCCAGCAAUACAGCUGAAAUGUGGACAUGUGUUUCACCUUCACUGCUGCCGCUGUGUAUUAAUGAAGAGAUGGUCUGGUCCUAGAAUAACAUUUGCGUUCUCACAGUGUCCAAUAUGUAAGGCCAGCAUAGAACAUUCAGUCCUGGCUGAUUUGUUGGCGCCUGUGAAGGACCUGUAUGAAGAUGUUCGCAGAAAAGCUCUUAUGAGAUUAGAGUAUGAGGGACUCCAUAAGGCAGAAGCAAUAACCAGUCCAGGAGCUCGAUUUCAUAAUGAUCCUGCUAGCUAUGCAAUGGAUAGAUAUGCAUAUUAUGUUUGCUACAAAUGCAAUAAGGCAUAUUAUGGAGGAGAAGCACGAUGCGAUGCAGAAGUGGGAGAGGAGUAUGACCCUACAGAGUUGGUCUGUGGUGCCUGCAGUGAUGUAUCUCGUGCCCAGAUGUGCCCAAAACAUGGGACAGAUUUUCUUGAGUACAAGUGCAGAUACUGUUGUUCAGUAGCUGUCUUCUUCUGCUUUGGAACUACUCAUUUCUGUAAUGCUUGCCAUGACGACUUUCAGCGUGUCACCAACAUUCCCCGUCUGGAACUCCCAUCGUGUCCUGCAGGUCCCAAGGCAAAACAGCUUGAGGGAGACGAGUGUCCACUCCAUGUGAAGCAUCCACCAACUGGUGAAGAAUUUGCUUUGGGCUGUGGGGUGUGUCGAAAUGCUCACACUUUCUAACAUAAUGUCUCAUUAUAAAUCAAGAAUCAUUUAUCUAAUGCAUUCUUGACUUAAAAAAAGAAACUGUUAUAAUAUUAAGUAUGCCAACACAUACAUUAUCUUUGUAAAGUGUGUAAUUGAGAAAGCAGUACUUUUUAUUUUCAUAAGUAAUCACAUUGGGUCUCCAUAAAGUGUUAAUGUUUUUGAUAAGUACUGAAUAGUGCAAUACUUGCCUUGCUCACAGGUCAAAAUUCAUACCACAAUGUAAGCACUGAGAAUAUGUUGAUUUUACUCACAGUGUAAAUAAAUGGACCAUGCAUUAGGAGAGGUUUACAGACACUGCAGAUAGCUGUUGGAAAAAUGUGAAGGAUAUACAAAAUACAACAAAGCUGUGAAUACUUUGACAAAAAGUAAGAAAUUUAAUGUGAUGUCCUAGAUUAUUUUGGAAGAAAUACUAAUAUAUCUUGAGUGAGGAACUGUAUGCACAUUGGCAAGAACAUUACAGAAAUAUACUCCGUAUCAUUUUAAUAGCUUUAUGUAACAAGAAACCUGAUGUCUGGGUUUUCAUUUGUGAUACAGUUUUAGUGUACUAAUUGUGAAUUUCAUGAAAGGUGUACAUAAUGACAGAUUGUAAAGUGUGCAUGAACAAGUUACCAUGUUUUACAGAGUAGUUUAUGAACUAUUGUUCCUUUUUAUUUUUUUAGCAUAUAUAAAAUGUAUUUUUUUUAUCUCUAACUGGAUUAAGGUCUACAUUGUAAAAAAAAGUGCCAUACUUUCCAAUAAAUUCUUUUAAGUUAUUGAUAGAAUUUAUGAGAAGUUAUCACUGGUAAACAGCAUAACGUUGUAUGCCGUCAUGUAUGUGGAGACAGUAACAACACAUGCAGAAAAGUGUUUUUGUGUACAGAUACUUAUUUUUUAUAACCAAAUGGGUGUGCUCUUUUGGUGUACUUUCAUGCCUAGUCCGUUACCCGUAACUGUUAUCAGCCUUAUCUCGUAACGUUUUAUUGUGCUUUGUACUCAUCUUAAUAUUUUACUGUUACAAAAUCACUUGGCAAAAUUUUACACUCUUGUCUUCCCUCCCUUCCUCUUUCACAAUACUGUGUAUAUCAAAACCUUUAAGUAACUUUCUUUCUUAAAAAAAGUUACCUAUAAAUCUAAUGCUAAUAGGAUGUAACAACAGCAAGCAUUUGCUAUGGUACUCAUAAAGAACAAUGUAAGAAUAAAUAAAUAAUAAUUUUGGAUAGCAUAUGAUCUUGUAGUAAUGAAAAUAUUUUAUGAAAAUAUAUUUCCAGCUACUCCAAAAACUGUAUUUGCACAUUUUCAUUUUACUACAGACUGUCAUGAUACAUAUGAUUUUGGGUGCUGUAAUCAUCGUGUAUAAAACUAUUUCUCUGUACAUCAAGCUAGAUUUGAGGGAUUGUGAUUCAAAUCCUCUUCUGGCCCUCUAGACUUACGUUAUACUUAACAUGAUUAAGGUGGAAUGCGGGAUGGACCCCCCCCCCCCUUUUUUUUUUUUUUAGGACUGUACUGAUUUCCUUCCCCAUUCUUGUCCAGUCCCAACCAGUGCUCUAUCUCUAAUAAUGUCGAAGGGCAUUGAGCAUGAGGCUUCUUUCAUUUUUCUUCCAUUGCAUUUCAAACCCACCAAAAUAUUGUAUACUAUAUAUUUGUUAAGUUUUUAUGCCAUCUUGGAAAAGACAAUAAAAGUGAUUAAAUAAUA